CUCUCUGGCCUUCGGCUGUUCAUUUUACAUCGAACGCCAGACUUCAUCAUGCCUGAUCCAGCUAAGUCCGCUCCUGCCCCCAAAAAAGGCUCCAAGAAAGCCGUGACUAAGGCGCAGAAAAAGGACGGCAAGAAGCGCAAGCGCAGCCGCAAGGAGAGCUACUCGGUGUACGUGUACAAGGUGCUGAAGCAGGUCCACCCCGACACCGGCAUCUCGUCCAAGGCCAUGGGCAUCAUGAUCUUCGUCAACGACAUCUUUGAGCGUAUCGCGGGCGAGGCCUCGCGGCUGGCGCAUUACAACAAGCGCUCGACCAUCACGUCCCGGGAGAUCCAGACGGCCGUGCGCCUGCUGCUGCCCGGGGAGUUGGCCAAGCACGCCGUGUCCGAGGGCACCAAGGCUGUCACCAAGUACACCAGCUCCAAGUAAAUGUGUUCGUAGGCAGUGUCAAACCCAAAGGCUCUUUUCAGAGCCACCUAAC